AUGAAUUAAUUAGGCAUUCUUCUUCUACUUGACUCACCUGAGAAUCUCUAAUUCGGAAUUGAUAAUUCCCAAUGGAUAGUUGGAAAGAAGUUCAAAGGAGUACAAGGCAUACCCUUUGGUACCCACUAUGUUCAUUAUUCGCUAAAGGAAGAAGGCUAUCAAUUCAAGUAAGGAUUCUUCUUCAUAGUUUCACCAGAAAACAAAUAUCUGGUAAAGCAAUGGAAUAGUGAAUUAUAAGAAUUCCUUACUUUCAAGGAUUGUGCACCAUACAUACACACUUUAGAAAUGCAUGACUUCGAUUUGUAUUUGGGUAUUUAUCCAAUGGAUAAGUAUGAAGUAUGGAAAUAAUGUGUGAAUCUGAUCAAUAGAAAAGUCUUAGACAAAUUGGAUCCAAUCAAAAAUGUAUGUGUUGAAGAAUACAAUGACAAAGACAUUGGAAGCAACAACCCUUUGCAUUCUACAAUCUAUUAUACCGAUAUACCUAAAUUAAAGAACCCAAGCAAAUCUCAUGGAUAAUAAUUGACAGCCUUAAAUUUUGAUAAGUCCACAAUAGUAGAAGAAUUAUUGAAAUCAGAAUAUCAAAAUGAAUAUUCUCUGCUUUUGGGAGAAAUCUAAUAUGCAUUCGUUAAGUUUUUAUUGGGAGAACAUUUUGAGUCAUUCGAACAAUGGAAAUAACUAUUAAUUCUAAUUACAUCCUGUGAAAGAUUGAUAGAAGAAUAAACUAGUUUUUUUAUUGACUUCAUCCCUGUAUUUUACCAUUAGCUACAACAAAUGCCAAACGAUUUCUUUGUUGAUCCCAUUAGUUCAAGCAAUUUCAUCUAAUCAUGCAUUAAAAACUUGAUCGAAUUAUCAUAGAAUGACAAUCCAAAUUUGAUUAGAUAGAAGUUAAUCCAAAGAUGUAAUAAAUUGAAAGAGUUAAUCAAAGUCAAAUUUGUACAAGAUGUCGUUUAGGCGGAGGAUGAAGAUGAGCCAGUUGUAGUUGAAGACUUCAAUUUUAUUUAACUAUGA